UAAAGGAGUAAGAGGGGGGGUUGGUCGCUUCAGUGCAAAACCAGCUACAAAGAUUGGAAUGUUUGGGAUGAUAGCGAAAGAAUGUGCAAAAACUUGCUUCUCAUAAAGAGUUUCAGAAUGUUAUGGGAAUACAGUCAAGGCCAUGUACUUGUUUUUCACUUCGAGGGGCUUCAUUGCAAGCAACGCUUGUUAUUGUGUGUCUUCUGAUACUAGGCACCAUCUCAGUGAGGGCCAAGUAGAAGAAAAACAAUAAGAUGUCCCGUGGGAAGAAGGUGUGCAGAAACUGAUCACUUCUGUAUACACUGCUUACACGUAAGCCAUUUUGGGUAAGGACACUCAAUUAGUAUAUAAGGGAAGGUUCCGCCCUCAGUUUCUUUGGAAGCUCAACCGUGGGGAACGUGCACACCGCCCGGUAUUGGACCAGGCUCACGAGUUGAUCCUCUGACGAGACUGACACGCGGGCUCCCUCAGUCUACUGGUCUAGGAUGAUGGCUCUGGGUCUUUUGAUAUUACUAAUUGGGGGUGUUCUGAAUGAAGUAGGAGCCACCACAUUAGGAGGCGAGGCAACGGAGACGACUCCGGUCCGAUGGUGGUGGAACGAUUCCACUAAGCCCAGACGUCAGGAGAACACCACGUGUCUGGAGAAUCAGUCUUGCAAUGUCCUCAACAUUACGACUGGUGACGGGUGCACCAUCUACUCCUCGAACUUGAAGGUGCCGGGGGUAAAACCACAGAAGUAUCUGAUUGAGUGCUCUGAAAACUUAAAUAUUAUCUGGACGUCGAAAGUAACUUGGUGUAUGGGGCCCUGGAACGGCUCCAAGGUACAGUGCGAGGUCAAUGCAACAUCAGGCGAAUACACCUCUAAUAAGCCUGGGCCCAUUGGCUGGAUCAAUGCAACUGAAAUUAUUAACAGGACUAUACCAAUGCUUGCUAUAGCCGUGUGGGCUAGAACCCCCAUAACGAGACAGUCACAUGUAGAACGAAUAAUUGACACAUGUAAACUUGUUUCUACGACAGCAAAAAGGACUAAGGUUACAUGGCAAGUGACAUUUCCACUGUUGCCACAGUGUAAGCGUGCUAAACGGGCAUGGUAUGACACUUUCUUAGGAGGGGUUGGCACCACCCUAGGAACUUUAAACACCAUAGAUAAUGAAAUAACUGCAAACAAGCUUGAGAAUGUGGGACGACAUACUCACAAAGUGGCAGACCAAAUGGCUAGGUGGUUACCUCAGUCCAUGGUCUCUCAUCAGCAAACAGUAAACUGGGAACAACGCGCUUCAGAUUGGAUAAUCAUGGCUAGCAAUGACAUUCGAUGGCUAAAUGUCUCAACUUUCAUGAACUGGACUGUAUGCACUUUUAACAUAUUACAAGCACAGAUACAGAAAAAUAACAUGCAAAUGGCUUUAAGGACUAAUACUAUGCAAAUAUGGCAAGAUAUAUGGAACAUUAGCAGUAGCUUAUGGUUAACGGUUAAACCUGAAAAUACUGAGUGUAAUGAUACAAUAUGUAAUGGGUAUUGGUUUCAAUAUAAUGUUACCACUAUGAUAACCUUGUGUAGAUAUCACAUUUUACCUGUUGUUGCACACGGAUACCCUUUGGUGCUGCUUAUUAUUAUUAUUGCUUUAAUGACUAUAUUCAAUUGCUAUGUGUUUUGUGUUUUAAAACGAAUUAAUAAUAGAGCACAACAGACAAGGUUGCUGAUUUUGCGCUGAGCGAGGGACCGAUUGUAAUAAAAAAGGUUUUCUCUGUAACAGGAGAAGGGAUGAAAUAAAGGAGUAAGAGGGGGGGUUGGUCGCUUCAGUGCAAAACCAGCUACAAAGAUUGGAAUGUUUGGGAUGAUAGCGAAAGAAUGUGCAAAAACUUGCUUCUCAUAAAGAGUUUCAGAAUGUUAUGGGAAUACAGUCAAGGCCAUGUACUUGUUUUUCACUUCGAGGGGCUUCAUUGCAAGCAACGCUUGUUAUUGUGUGUCUUCUGAUACUAGGCACCAUCUCAGUGAGGGCCAAGUAGAAGAAAAACAAUAAGAUGUCCCGUGGGAAGAAGGUGUGCAGAAACUGAUCACUUCUGUAUACACUGCUUACACGUAAGCCAUUUUGGGUAAGGACACUCAAUUAGUAUAUAAGGGAAGGUUCCGCCCUCAGUUUCUUUGGAAGCUCAACCGUGGGGAACGUGCACACCGCCCGGUAUUGGA